CGUAACGGAACUUUCACUAAAAUAGUACUUUGGUGUAUUUAUUACUUAUUUUCUACUUUUAAUUUUAGAUAGUGUGUAUAUUAGAUUUAAACCAUGAUGAACUUGUCCUUAUUAAGGCAGUUUUCUAGAUUAGCUUUACGUCCGCCUUCAAGAAUACCAAUAAGGAUCCGUAAUAUUACUACAACACCAGCGGUUCAGUUCAAAACGACAGACCAACUGUGUGCAGAGCCAAUGAAAAAAAAGAAAAAGAUUGAUCCGCAGAUCGUGAAGGCCCGUGAAGAGAGACGUCGUAAGAAGCUGGAGAAACAAAUCAGAAGGUUGGAGAAGAACGCCCGGCAGUUGAAACCAAUUGAUGAGUUGGAGGUGCCUUUGGACUUGCUCGAUAACUUUGGAAAACGAAAGAGGCCGCAGCCCAAGUUGACAGCAGAAGUCAUAGAAGCGCGAGCGCUCUUACAGAAGGACUGGGCUCGGUACAAGCGCGAGGAGUACAUCAGCAAUGUGGCGCAGAUCGAUAGGAUCAUGGCUGCACAGCGCCGGGCACUGGACAAGCUGCUUGAAGAGUCCGAGGACUUAUACAAUGAAGCUAUUAUGCCGGACCUGCAGUUAAUCCCUUAUGAGAUCAAAGGCCCCGUCGCGACGCCUCCGAUCAAGAGCUACGAGUCACCAGACGGCGAAUACAUAGACGUAUCGAAGAAAUGGGACAAUUAGAUUGUUGUGUUAUAAGUUAUAUUAGUGUAAUAAAAUUAUGUUAUUAUAAA